UGUGUGCGCGGGGGCGCGCGCGCGCGAGCCCGGGAGGAGGCUCCGGGACGAGUCGGUCCUUGCGGCGCUGCCCGCUCCCCGCGCCUCUAUGUGAGGGACUCGGGGAAGCCAGCGGCGCGCAGGGGAGGGCGAGGCAUGUGCACGGGCCGGGGGGUGCUGCAGCCGCCCGAGGAAGAGGAGGACGGCGGCGGCGAGGAGGAGAGCGGGGGGCUCGCGGCGGCGGGCCCGGGCCGAGGGGAUGCAGCGGACUGUGUGUGUCUGGCUAUAGCUGACGCGAGGCGGCGAGGAGGCGCCGGAGACCCGCGUGAGAGGCGACCAGGAGGCGGUGGCGGUGCCGGCCGCGAGAAGUAGCAACAGGACCGGCGGCGGAGACGGCAGCCCUGAAAUGCAUUUUCCUCUCCAGCGGCCAUGUUAACCAGGAAACCUUCGGCCGCCGCUCCCGCCGCCUACCCAACCGGCCGAGGAGGGGACAGCACCGUUCGCCAGUUCCAGGCUUCCCCAGGGCUGGCCGCCGGGCUCCCCCGGAGCGGAGUGGGGACCGGGCCGCCCUCCCCCAUCGCCCUGCCGCCUCUCCGGGCCAACAACGCAGCCACCGCAGCCCACACGAUUGGCGGCAGUAAGCACACAAUGAAUGAUCACCUGCAUGUCAGCAGCCAUAGCCACGGACAGAUCCAGGUUCAGCAGCUGUUUGAGGAUAACAGUAACAAGCGGACAGUGCUCACAACACAACCAAAUGGGCUUACCACAGUGGGCAAGACAGGCUUACCAGUGGUGUCAGAGCGGCAGCUGGAGGGCAUUCACAGACGGCAGGGUAGCUCCACCUCUCUGAAGUCCAUGGAAGGCAUGGGGAAGGUGAAAGCCACCCCCAUGACACCUGAACAAGCAAUGAAGCAAUACAUGCAAAAACUAACGGCCUUUGAACACCAUGAGAUUUUCAGCUACCCUGAAAUAUAUUUCUUGGGUCCAAAUGCAAAGAAGCGGCAGGGCAUGACAGGUGGACCCAACAAUGGUGGCUAUGAUGAUGACCAGGGAUCUUAUGUGCAGGUGCCCCACGAUCAUGUGGCUUACAGGUACGAGGUCCUCAAGGUCAUUGGGAAGGGGAGCUUUGGGCAGGUGGUCAAGGCCUAUGACCACAAAGUCCACCAGCAUGUGGCCCUGAAGAUGGUGCGGAAUGAGAAGCGCUUCCACCGGCAGGCAGCAGAGGAGAUCCGAAUCCUAGAACACCUGAGGAAGCAGGACAAGGAUAAUACCAUGAACGUCAUCCACAUGCUGGAGAAUUUCACCUUCCGCAACCACAUCUGCAUGACGUUUGAGCUGCUGAGCAUGAACCUCUAUGAGCUCAUCAAGAAGAAUAAAUUCCAGGGCUUCAGCCUGCCUUUGGUCCGCAAGUUUGCCCACUCAAUUUUGCAGUGCUUGGAUGCUUUGCACAAAAACAGAAUAAUUCACUGUGACCUUAAGCCCGAGAACAUUUUGUUAAAGCAGCAGGGUAGAAGCAGUAUUAAAGUGAUUGACUUUGGCUCCAGUUGUUAUGAGCAUCAGCGUGUCUACACGUACAUCCAGUCGCGCUUUUACCGGGCUCCGGAAGUGAUCCUUGGGGCAAGGUAUGGCAUGCCCAUUGAUAUGUGGAGCCUGGGCUGCAUUUUAGCAGAGCUCCUGACGGGUUAUCCCCUCUUGCCUGGGGAGGAUGAAGGGGACCAGCUGGCCUGUAUGAUUGAACUUUUGGGCAUGCCCUCCCAGAAACUGUUGGAUGCAUCCAAACGAGCCAAAAAUUUUGUGAGCUCCAAGGGUUAUCCCCGUUACUGCACUGUCACGACUCUUUCAGAUGGCUCUGUGGUCCUCAACGGAGGCCGUUCCCGGAGGGGGAAACUGAGAGGCCCACCAGAGAGCAGAGAGUGGGGGAACGCACUGAAGGGAUGUGAUGAUCCUCUUUUCCUUGACUUCUUAAAACAGUGUUUAGAAUGGGAUCCUGCAGUUCGCAUGACCCCGGGCCAGGCUUUACGGCAUCCCUGGCUCAGAAGGCGGUUGCCAAAGCCUCCAACCGGGGAGAAGACGUCAGUGAAAAGGAUAACUGAGAGCACUGGUGCUAUCACGUCGAUUUCCAAGUUACCUCCACCUUCCAGCUCAGCUUCCAAACUGAGGACUAAUUUGGCACAAAUGACAGAUGCCAAUGGGAAUAUUCAGCAGAGGACAGUGUUGCCAAAACUCGUUAGCUGAGCUCCAGUCCCCUGAUGCUGGUAAUCUGAAAGAUUCGACAUAGCUGAGCCUUAUUGGGUUGAAAGGAGUAGCUCAGACCUGUUUUUAUUUGCUCAAUAACUUGACUCAUUUGUAUCUUUUCAGCACUUAAUUUUGAUGUAAGACAGUUGUUUGUUUCGUUUUUAUAAAAUACAUGGGGACAAUGCUUUAAGUUUUUAUACUUUCUGAAACUGUUUUUGUGUUCUAAAAGUACGAUGAGCCUUACUGUAUUUAGUGUGGCAGAGUAAUAACAUCAGUGGCAGGCCAUUGAUUACUUCACGACUGUCACGCAUUUACAGAUUGGUCAAAGACAUUCACUAUGUUUUCAUGGUUCCUAUUCCCUGGGAAGGUGCCCCUUAAGGCCAUCCUUCUCUCUCCACACUCCAGGUUCGUGCACAGGGGUAGCAUGUCUUGCUGCCGUUUUCCAUAAAUUAAUGUGCGUGGUAGUGGCAGGAGGAGGAUGGUCAGAAUGAAAUGACAUUCUAAGAAAAACUGCACCUUAGAGAAUUUUUUUGCCUGAAGUGCUCAACAAAUACAAGAUCCCCAAGGUGUAAAUUGCCCAGUUAGCAUUCUGACAUUCUACAAGCUAGCAAAGCAGCAUUUAGUGGGUACAUGGAAACUGAAAUGUGUGUUCCUCCAAAUUUUCUAAUAUGAUCAGCAAGCUAUUUUGUCAAGAAGCCUCCUAUUACAGAAUUGGUUUUGUACCUAAUUUUAGAAAUGUAUUCCAUGGUUGUUCCUUCUCUUUGCUCUUCUCUCUGUUCCUCUUUUACCACACAUCUGUUGCCUGCAUUUAGUUUGUCUUUCUUUGGCUGUAUCUCCCAGACUGUUAAUACAGAAAGAGACAUUUCAGCUGUGAUUGUGACCAUCGUUUCAUAUUCCAAGUUAAAAAAGAACAGCAGCCUAGCUACUUAAGGUGGGGAUUUCCAUAGUUCCAAAGAAGACUGAGCAGAUCAGAAUAAGUUCACACUUUUCAGGUGCCACUGCUGUAAGGUUCCCUUAGCCUGGGAAAGUAUCAACUGUUUCUUUAAAAAGAAAGAAGGUUGAAAAUCCUCUUGUUGAACAGAAGUCACCGUGGCCAUUCACUGAGGCCAGUUUUAACAACACAUUCAAAGGAGGAGAAGUUCAACCUCAAGUUAAAUGGUUUGACUUUAUUUUUUGCAUCAUUAGAAUCACAGAAAGCGCAUUCCUCUAUUUUGUUUUAUUUUCUUUUGGAUUGCACUGAUUGUUUUUUGUGGAAAUGACACUUUACCUGGAAAAGUGAGAGUUAGUUAGGUAAAAGAAUAUUUUCUUCUCUGAAUAAUAAUUAUUUUCACAGUGAAAAUUUCAGUAUUUUAUCACUAAUGUGUGAGCAGUGAUAUAUAUAUAAAUACAUAUAUAUCAAAAUUUCAAGGCACGUGGAAAAAUUUUUUAGUAUGUGCAAUUUAAUAUAGAAAGAUUUCUGCCUGUUUGGAUAAUAGGUUUGGGAUAGUAUAAAUUAGGAUAAAUAUUCUUUUAUAUGCACAGAUAUUAUUGUAUUGCCUGUAGAUUGAUUUACAAGUACUUAAAGCAUGGUCCCCAGUGAGGCCAAGAAAGUUUCCGGUUAAGUCUUUUAAUAUUAAUCCUACAAUUUCUCUUACUUUAAAAAAAAAUGUCAGUUUGAACAAAACACUUUAUUUCUCUUGAGGCUUUGCUAGUUGAUGGUGGAAAAAUAUGCUCAGGAAAUAUUUCAGAUAUUUGCCAAAAAAACAGUAAUAAGAUUAGCUUAUUAAUAACAUAGUGAUAUGCUAUUUGCUUUACUGUUUAAGGGUGUCACUAAUAAAUUAAUUUGUGCUUCUGUAUUUAGAGAAUAUAGCUUAUUUCCGCUAGUCAAAUUCUUUAGCAUAUUGUACACAUUUCUGUGUAAUUUGAAAGUGCAAUAAUGUGUUAAUAAAUUACAUUUUAAAUGAUGCUCACAUAAUGAUACCCCAAUCAGUGGCCUAUAGGACUUAAAGAUUGGUGUAUUAAGAUUUUGGCUUAAAGACAUAAGAAUUGUGAGGUUUGGUUUGGUGGCUUUGUAAAACCACGAACCACCUAAUGAUUUAUCUUCUUUAGGUCAUUAAAAUAAAUAAAAACAUAUAAAGGCUAUUUUCCCCCUUACAAUGCUCCUCUUCCAUCUCCACUCAUUUUCACACUUAGGUUUAAAUAUAUGAACCUAAGCCUGCCACUAUUAAUUUCCCUAUAAAAUGCUUAUCCAUGUGAAAAUUUAUCAAUGACUAUUACUGCUUAUCUUUUUCCCCACGACACAAAACUGGUUCUUACAUGCCAGCAAUGCAUUUGUGACUAUAUUCAAUCACAAAUGCAACCGGAAACUUUUAAGCCAAACUACAAUGUGCAGUGCUAUGGGGCUUUUGUUUUGUUUUGGUCCAAAUGCAGUGAAAUUUCCUUUAUUCACAAGAACUGCCAUGUUUCAGCAUUUAGUGAUAGAGCUGCUUUGAAAAAAUUCUACUUUGAUGUUAACGU